AUGGAGGAUAUCAGGUUCUUGGUAAAUAUAAGGGCUAGAGUGUGUUGUUCAGACGAUUCCCAAAGCCCUUAUAUUAUAGUCAUAAAUAUACCACCUACAAUUCUUCAAGAACUUGACACUAUCUACCCUGAUAAAGGCCCAAAAAUAACUGCCAACCUACAAGACAAAAUCCUUAUUAUCGAAGCUAUAAUUACAAAAGCCCAUGAAAUCGCCGCUCGACGCCUGAAGGUGUAUAUUGAUCAAGAUAUUAUGAAGAUGGGCCUAGAGUUUGAAGUUCUUAACUCGGGAGAAGCACGAACAACGAGUGGAACGUUUGUGAAAGAACCAGAUACUCGUUUCACGCUACUAGAUCACGACUGGCCGAUCCUAGUGAUAGAGGCUGGAGUAUUCGAAUCUGAUACCAAAUUAAAGAUGGAUGCUAGAGGAUGGUUAGAGCCGCACGAUCGGAAACAAAAGUUACUAUAA